UAUCACUGCGCGACAGCUUCACAGAUCUCGGUUCGAGUCUAGUCCUUCUCUCCAGCAUGGCACACAAGGCUGUAUGUGUUCUUAAAGGCACCGAAGAGGUGACCGGCACUGUUUACUUUGCGCAGGAGAAUGACGGCGCGUCAGUAAAGGUUACAGGAAAAAUCACCGGCCUGACCCCCGGCCUGCAUGGCUUUCACGUCCAUGCCUUUGGAGACAACACGAACGGGUGCAUCAGUGCAGGACCGCACUAUAACCCCCACAACAAGAACCAUGGUGCCCCCACUGAUGAGCACAGACACGUUGGAGAUCUGGGUAACGUGACCGCUGGUGCUGAUGGGGUCGCUAAUAUCAACAUCGAGGACAAACACUUGACACUGAAAGGACCGCACUCAAUCGUAGGAAGGACCAUGGUGAUUCACGAGAAGGAGGACGACUUGGGUAAAGGAGGAAACGACGAAAGUCUGAAAACUGGCAACGCAGGCAGUCGUCUGGCAUGCGGCGUUAUAGGCAUCACUCAGUAAAACGAGCCUCAAUACCUUCACUUCAGACCUGGAACCAACGCAAGUGCCCCAACAAGCGCUUAAAGUUUAUUUUUAGAAAAAAAAAAACCUGGAAAAUAAUCGAGCACCCGAGCCGUAGAGAAGUUCCUGUUCUGCAGAUUCUCUCUUAAAAAUCUGUUCUGUUCUUUUUUUUAUUAUUAUUAUUGGCUUGAUUUGUGUCAUGGUGAGACAUCUGUGGACGUGUUCAUGUGCUUGAUGUUUGUAUUAUUGAAUUCCUGUUUGAUCAAUAAACAAUCACUGGGUACCACUA